AUGAGCAUCUGCCCAAGAUGGAUUUACAAUUCCAAUAUGCAAACACCUUGUGACCUGUGGUCCGCACUAGGUGCCAAAUGCUCACCAUCGUUCACACCCCCAACAUCGCCGUUUGAUUUUCAACACUUUAGACCUACAGACGACGCGUGCCAAUGCAACAUGGUGGCAUACAAUCUCAUGGGAGGAUGUGCCGUAUGCGAGGAGUGUCGAGUCGUCAUUCCCGGAGAGUGGCCGACGAUUGCGCAAUGGAAAGAGAGCUGUAAAACCACGGUGUUUAACAACACCUUGUCCGAGUCGCUCUCCAACGGCCUCUUGUUACCCCCAUGGGCUUUGCAAGCACCCAACGGAACGACAUGGCAACGGGCAGAGGCAUCUGUCAACGCCGCCAGAGCGAGUAGCACGGCAACAUCCAGUUGGACAGGGUUUGGGAGUAUCGGUAGCAGCAGCAGUACCAAUAGGCAUUCCGAUACAUUGGGGAUGAGCAUAGCUAUUGGAUGGUUCACCUUUAUCAUCCUUUUGAUUGUUGCAAAGGUCAUUUGCUGGUGUUCGGUGAUUUGCUUCCUCGUUCGUCAGAAGAGAAGGGUACCUGCCUACCGAAAGAUGGCCGCAUAUUAUCGCGCGAAUGGGGCUGGUACACAAGUUUACCUCCACUGA